AUGGCGGAGGAACUACUUCUUGAAAACAAUGGAAAACCCGGCAUGCCUCUUACAAAGCCUCUGCUGGCGGUGGCUUUCCUGGCCUCGUUCGGCAGCUCCACGCUCUAUGGAUACAAUUUGGCAGUCGUCAACUCUCCUGCACAGUACAUCAAAGACUUCUACAAUGCGACGCUGGUAGAAAGUUACAACUGGACUCCUGAUGAGGAGCUGCUCACCGUCUUGUACUCCCUCACCGUGUCGAUCUUUGCUAUCGGUGGGAUGACCGGGGCUCUGCUGGUGGGCAAACUGGUAACCAAAUAUGGAAGGAAAGGGACGCUGGUGAGAUCCACCGUGCUGGUGUUUAUAGGAGGAGCUCUUAUGGGCUUCAGCAGAAGCUGCAGGAUGCCUGCGAUGGUCAUUGUUGGACGCUUCAUCACAGGAGUACACUCAGGUAUCUCUCUCAGUGUGGUGCCGAUGUACCUCGGUGAGAUCGCCCCCAAGAACAUGCGAGGCUUCCUGGGCCUCGUUCCCAGCAUCCACAUUUGUCUUGGAGUCUUCAUUGCUCAGGUCCUCGGCCUAUCUGAACUGCUGGGACAGGAAAAGUACUGGCCUCUGCUCCUGUCCCUGGUUGUGUUUCCUACACUCUUCCAGCUGAUGCUGUUGCCAUGGUUUCCAGAGAGUCCACGGUACCUGUUGAUAGAGAAGGGAAAUAUUCACGCCACCAUUGAAGCCCUGAAGUGGUACCGUCCGGAGGGAAACAUCCAGGCGGAGGUGGAUGAGAUGCAGGAGGAACAGCGCUCUCUGUCUUCCAUCCAGACCAUGUCUGUUCGGGGCCUGCUCAGGGACCGCUGCGUUCGUUGGCAGGUCAUCACCAUCGCGGUGGUCAACAUCGGCAUGCAGCUGUCUGGCAUCGAUGCGAUCUGGUUCUAUACAAAUGACAUUUUUAAGAACGCAGGAAUCCCAGAACCUUAUAUUCAGUACACAACUGUGGGAACUGGAGCCAUUGAGGUCAUCUCUGGGAUGCUGGGGUGUUUCACUAUCGAGCGUCUGGGCAGAAGACCUCUGAUGAUUGGUGGCUUCCUCUUCAUGGGUCUCUGCUGUACUGGCAUCACAAUGUCUGUCCUCUUCCAGGCGCAGCUGUCCUUCAUGCGCUACAUCAGUGUGGGCUGCGUUGUCGGGAUUAUUGCUGGUUUCUGCAUUGGUCCAGCUGGUGUGCCGUUCCUGAUCACUGCAGAGCUGUUCAAGCAGUCACACCGACCAGCUGCCUACACCGUGGCCGGAUGUCUCAACUGGAUGUCCAACUUCACCAUUGGCUUCGUCUUUCCCUUCCUAGAGAACGCCACCGGUCCUUACUGUUACCUGAUCUUCUGUGUGGUCUGCUUUGGAGUUGCCAUCUACACCAUCUUCGUCAUUCCUGAGACCAAGAACAAAACCUUUAUGGAGAUCAGCCAGAUGUUCGCUGCCAAGAACAAAAUCAUCGAAGAAGAGUUGACUUCCAAUGGGCAUCUCAAAAUGGCGAUGAUGAACGGCUAUGGAACUCUUAGCCUCGGUGCAAAAUAG